GCCUGCCAGCCAAUCAGCGUGCCAAGGCUGCUUCUCCUUGAUCCCUCGCGUGUCUGUGCGUGAGUGACUGAGUGAGAAAGAGAGAGAGAGAGCUUGCCGGGUGCUGAAAGGCAGGAGGAAAGGCGAGGCGCUUCCUGCCUCCUCCUCCUCUUCUUCUUUGGCCAGCCAGGUGCGCUCCUUCCAUCCGCGCAGAAGAGCCUCCCGACUUGAGCCGGGGAAGUUGGAGCCGAGAAGAGCCCCGCGGGGAGGGAUUAACGCCUCGGGCAGAGCAUCAGAAAGCAAGGCAGAGGGAGAGCGUGGGUACCGAGAGAGGCUGCGGGAGAGGAAGGGCAGGAGGCGCCGCGCUGGCCGGUCUCUUUGGAGCAUGAUCCCCGCCGGACGGGGCCGCUUGGGCCGGUGCAAGUGGGAGAGCCCUCCCCGGAGGAGACGCGGCUGGGCAGCACUCUGAAGCACGGCGCCAGGAAGCGAAGCCAGGAUGGCAGCCGAAGGCAAGCACGCCGACUGGAUGGGCUCCCUGCCGCCCCGCCUCAGCGCCCUGCCGCUGGCCAACCUGGCCAUCCCAGGGUCACACGACUCCUUCAGCUACUGGGUUGAUGAGAAAUCUCCUGUGGGACCUGAUCAAGCUACAGCAAUCAAACGGAUAGCCAAAAUUUCUUUGGUGAAGAAGAUAAUGAAGAAGUGGUCAGUGACACAAAACUUGACGUUCAAGGAGCAGCUUGAGGGUGGAAUCCGCUACUUUGACCUUCGUGUAUCUUCCAAACCGGGUGAAGCAGGGCAGGAAAUAUACUUCAUACAUGGGUUGUUUGGAAUCAAAGUAUGGGAUGGGUUGAUGGAGAUCAACACCUUUCUAACACAUCAUCCCAAGGAAAUUAUUUUCUUGGAUUUCAACCAUUUCUAUGCUAUGGAUAAGAACCAUCAUGAGUACCUGAUCAGCAGGAUUGAAGAAGUGUUUGGAUCAAAACUUUGCACGAAGGAAUGUGUAGACGAUGUGACCUUGGAAAGACUUUGGGAAAAACAAAAACAGGUUCUUAUUUUCUACCAUCAUCCUUUUUGUGGAGAAUAUCCCUUCCUAUGGCCAGGGAAUAAAAUGCCAGCACCAUGGGCAAACACUACCAAUGUACAUAAACUGCUACAGUUCUUAGAGACCACUCUUGGGGAGCGAGAAACAUGUGGAACUUUUCAUGUUUCCCAAGCAAUCCUCACGCCAAGAGUGAAAACUAUUGCUCGGCAUCUCAUUCGUGGCCUGAAAAAUACACUUGUUCACAGGAAUCUCCCUUUCAUUCUGAACUGGGUGAAGUCACAGAAACCAGGCAUCAUGGGCGUUAACAUAAUUACAUCAGAUUUUGUGGAGCUGGUGGACUUUGCAACUACUGUAAUUUCAUUGAAUAAUCUCCUUUUAGAAGACCAUAAAUCUUGAUUUUUGAAAAGGAUUUUUCUCAUGGAAAUUUUACAUUGCCUCCAUUUGAUGUGGAAAUGGUGCCUAGAUGUGAGAUGUUGGCACAAAAGGCACACAUCUUGAAUUCGCUUGCACAGGUCCAGCCUGUCUUGUGAAGCGUGACUUUCUUUUUGCACUGGGCUGCACAUAUGGCUGUUCGCCUGCAUCUGCUUAGACACACAGGAUGUGAUGUUGGCCAGCCAACUUGGAGGCUGGACACUUCAGCACAUGUAAAUCAUUAGCAGAGGCCUCUCGGUGGACUUGCUGAGCAUGUAUUUUCUGCAUGUUAUGAAAACCAGGACUGCAGCUCCCCGGAUAGUUAUGUACAUUUAAGCACAGAUUUACCAGACUACUCAAAAGAUUUCCUCUGAUGAUUAUAUCAGUCAAGACACAUAUAUUCUAUUUCUUCCCUUGUACUGUAUUGUACAUUAAGCUACCUCAACCAGUUUUUAAAGAAACAGAAACUGUAUUGAGCAUUAUGACCUUUUGUCAUAUAAAGUUGUUUAUGAAUUUUACUGCAAGGCAUGAAUUGUACUUUUAAGCCUCCUUUGGUUUCUACUUGAGCUCACAUUUUAAUUUAUUGUGAAAAUCGGUAAAUUAAAUCUAACCGAGAAGAAAGGUGGGUGUUUUUAAAUGCAAUGACACAUUUUGUAUUAGUGUUGUUAAAUUUUGGAAAACCACUUCUGAGAAGUGGAGGCUAUGUUAGUACUGUAUUACAUUGGGCCAAUUUUGAUAUAGUGUAUUUCUUGGAUAUCUACAAAAGAGUAUUAUCAGAAAGUGGCAUAA